CGAGCAACAGGUAUUCAUUUUAUGGUCGAUCUCACAAGGCAAACCAGUGAGCAUGUUGCAGUAUCUGAAGGAGUCACUCUUCGACGUACGGAACGACUCUAAGCGUGGUCCAAACUUGGGUCAUGUGGUGGCACAGUUGGCCGAGUACUUCAGGGUUCAGAUUGAUGAACCAAAGAUGCGUGCUAAGUAUAUUUCGAAGAAAGAUCUCUCUCGUGACUUCCUCAUAGAUGACACCACCCCGCUCCCAGUCCACCGCCGGGAUGGCUACAAGGCCUAUUGUAGGGAGAUGGGUUUACCCAUACCAGACGCCCAAUCCCAGCCAGCAGCCGGUACAUCCACUGGCCAUACCCGAGCGGCCUCUCAUCACAGAGCUAGUGAUGACUCAGAGUCCGACGCACAUCCCGAGCACGAUACUUAUCAGCCUCCUCCGUUGAUGGACAGACACCCAAGCACACUUCCACAGCAGGCUCCCGUUUGGUUCCCUACAUUCGAGGCUCGGUAUGAUGAGAACCAGACUCGGAAUGACGAGCAGAACUGGGCCCGUUGGACGGCGUACACAGAGCAGAACGAGGCCC